AUGGCAAGCGACGGCAGGCAGCGAGAAAGCAACCGCGAGAGAAAAGAAAGCGUACGGCCACAUCCGCAGGAAUACGCCAAGGUGGCCAAGCAAGUCCGGGAGUGGAACUUUCGGUAUUACGGCAACGAUAAGCCACUGGAGUUCUGGGAGCAGGUGACGCGAAGCCGCGAAGGAAAUGGAUGUGGACCAGUUUUGAAAGACAGAGUUGGAGAGCCUGGACAAUCUGCAAGGCGAUCAGCCGGUCAAACAGCGGUACUCUCCGAAGAAACCAAAAAUGUAGGGCGAGAUCAACGCCAAAGAGGCGUGUACACGGAGGGCACCGUUACUUUGAAACAUUACACGGGCACAGAGCGGAAAGCCCGUGUAACAGCCAGUCGGGACUCCGAUUCCGUCCUCCAGCUUCUGGCGUCCCCCCUGGUGUCGCGAUCCCUGUCACCAGUCAGCGAGAUUGACAAGGAGUCCACGGGCGAAAUCUCGGACAUAGAGUUUCCGUCCGAGGAGGAGGACGCAGGCACAAACGCGACGGAGAUCGCAGAGGUCGUCGCCAUCUCCUCCAAUGAGAGUGUACCGGAGGACGCCAGUGAGGAGGAGGUGGGGACGGAGACCGUCAGUCCCGAGGGCGACGGCAGGGCUCGGGAGGAUCUGUCUAGGGCUGAUACCACCGUCGGGCAAGCCCAAGGAGUGGGCCCGCAUCCUGGAAGCGAGGGCGGUCACUGUCCGCCAAUGGGAGGCCCGGCGGGUGGGGAGGAGGGCAGUAGUCGCCGCGUGGCAGCAGAGGCUGAGAGACGGCGAGGCAGAGGAGGCCGCACUCUGGGAGCCGCCGCAGGAGCAGCCGCCACAGGAGUAGCCGCCACAGGAGCAGGCGCCACAGGAGCAGCCGUCGCAGGAGCAGCCGCCGCAGGUGCAGCCACAGCCGCCGCAGGACCAGCUGCAGUCGCCGGAGGAGCAGAUGCAGCCGCCGCUGCAGCAGCCUCGACUUAA